UGGUACAACGUGACGUGCAUGAACUUUGUGCGUUCGGUGCCGGCACCGACUGGCAGCUUUGGACCGCGCGAACAGCUCAACCAGGCGACCGCCUUCAUAGACGGAUCUGUCGUGUAUGGGUCGGACGUAGAGCGCAUGAAGUCGCUUCGCUCCGGUGACGGAGGCCGGCUCCGGAUGCUGCGCACACCGGAUGGGCGAGAUUUGUUGCCCGUGUCCACCGAUCCGGAGGAUGGUUGCAAUGAGGAAAAGAUGAAUGCCGCUGGCAAGUAUUGCUUCGAGUCGGGUGACACUCGUGCAAACGAGAACCUCCACCUCACCUCGAUGCAUCUGAUCUGGGCUCGACAUCACAACAGCCUGGCCGCCGGGUUGGCCAAGGAGAACCCCGGCUGGGACGAUGAACGGUUGUUCCAGGAAGCGAGACGCAUUUUGGCAGCCCAGAUGCAGCACAUUACGUACAGCGAGUUCUUGCCGGUGAUUUUCGGCAACGAAACGGCCAGCAGAAUGGGCAUUCUUCCGGAUUCGGAAGGUGGCGACGACACGUACAAUGCGUCGGUUGAUCCGUCCAUAGCGAACGUAUUCGCCGGGGCAGCCUUCCGCUUUGCGCACACCCUGCUGCCAGGAUUGAUGAAGAGAACGCGCAAUCCGGUGGGCUCCAGUUCGGGCAUCGAGCUGCACAAAAUGUUGUUCAAUCCGUACUCGCUGUACGCAGCGACGGGGCUGGACGAUGCCCUGGGUGGUGCCAUUAGCACCGCACUGGCCAAGUACGAUCCGCUUUUUUCAACCGAGCUCACCGAGCGGCUGUUUGAGAAGGCCGACGAGCGUUUGCUACACAAUCAUCCGUGCGGGUUGGACCUGGUGUCGCUCAACAUUCAGCGGGGCCGAGACCAUGGCCUGCCGGGCUACCCGCACUGGCGACGACAUUGCCAUCUAACGCCGGUCGAUACCUGGGACGAUCUGGAACGCAUCACCGACCCAUCGUCAUUCCGGCAGAUGCAAACAAUCUACGGAGAACCGGCAAACGUGGACGUUUACUCCGGCGCGCUGAGUGAACCGCCGAUAAAGGAUGGCAUCGUGGGUCCACUGCUCGCCUGUCUGCUGGGUGACCAGUUUCUACGCCUGAAGCAGGGUGACUCGUUCUGGUACGAGCGUCGGCACGGUCCGCAACGAUUUACCGAAGAACAACUCCGGCAAAUCUAUGAUACAAAGCUGUCCAGCAUCAUUUGUCGCAACUCGGACCAAAUAGCCCAUUCGCCGGUGUAUCUGAUGAAAAAAUCGGAUGCAAAGGCAAAUCCUGACGUCGACUGCAAACAAUUGGAUACGUUCGACUUUGCUCCGUUCCACGAGAACCGAGCACAUCAGUACAGUAAGAGUAAGUUGGCCACGGAUCGUAUGAAGGUGCUGGUCCUACAACCGAAGCACCCGUCAGAAGAACCUUCCACCGAUAUGCCACAGGCGGAACCAGUUACGAUCACCACCAGUGAACUACCCACAACCGUGAGUGAGGAACCAACGACAAUGACAGUCCCUAUCGCUACUCCUGCGGCAUAAAAGGCUCACCGUUUGACAGUGAAACCGUGCGAUAAUCGAGGUGACCAGGGAAACGGUGCGAAACACGUCUCGCGUGUAUUCGUUGCGUGUUGUUUGAGGGAAAUUGAAGGGCGACUCGUAAAUAAACCAAUGGUUCCCUG